AUGGGAAGGUCACCAUGCUGCGAGAAGUUGGGAUUAAGGAAAGGGACGUGGACACCUGAGGAAGAUCAAAAGCUCUUGUCUUACAUCGAACAACAACAUGGCCACAGCAGCUGGCGAGCUCUCCCAGCAAAAGCUGGGCUGGAGAGAUGUGGCAAGAGCUGCAGACUAAGGUGGACUAAUUAUCUAAGGCCUGAUAUCAAGAGGGGAAAAUUCAGUUCGCAAGAAGAUCAGACCAUUAUUCAACUCCAUGCACUUCUUGGAAACCGAUGGUCAGCCAUAGCAACUCACCUCCCAAAGAGGACAGACAACGAGAUAAAGAAUUACUGGAACACACAUUUGAAGAAGAGACUAACCAAGAUGGGAAUUGAUCCAUCAACUCAUAGGCCAAAGACCAACGCCCUCGGCUCUGCUCACCAAAAAGACACCGCCAACCUCAGUCACAUGGCUCAAUGGGAGAGUGCUCGUCUUGAAGCAGAAUCCAGGCUUGUUCGCGAGUCCAAACUGCUGUCGUUGUCCACCGCCUUUAAUCAUUCUCAUCUCAGCCCUCCAGCCUCAGCUCAAUUACCACUAGCAAAAGCAUUAGCUUCACCACUAGUAACACCAUUGGAGCCAAUGGUACAAAAGCAUUAUUUUCAUUGUCUUGAUAUACUCAAAGCAUGGCAAAGGACAUGGACAACAACAAAGAACGCCAAUGGCUUUUUCAGUACUGCCAUUGGAAGCCUUCAGUCUCCAACCUCUACAUUGCAUUUUUCAGAUAACACAUUCGCCAUGUCAAGUGCUGCUCGUCUAACUGGAGAAAACUUACCAUUUAAUUCGACAAUUAAUUGCGAAGCGCGGGACAUGAAAGCAACCGGUACGAGUACUUGGCAGUAUUUGGAUACACCAAAGAACAAUGACCCGCUAGCAGUGACUGGAGAAAAAAUGGAGUCAACAACGGGGAACAUGAUGCAGCUUAAUCAUGAUGUCAACGUUCAAUGUGAUUUUGAUCCCGUUGGUGGUGCAUAUACUAUGGAAUUCUCUUUAAGGUCUCCAGGUUUCAUGGAAGGAUUCGCGGAUGCCGAUAUCGAUGACUCAAACAAUAACCCAACUGGAUCAUAUCAGAGUCUUGGUUACAGGUGGGGUGGUGAUCUUGAAGACAACCAAAAAUAUUGGAACAAUAUAGUCAAUGAGGAGAUUUCUGCAUUGGGUUCGCCAUUUUUUUGA